AUUAAGAACGAAGGAAAGGAAGCAUUUUGAGUGUUAAAUGUAAAAGAUAUUUUACUGGGCAAGAAGGGAAUGGUGAAAGCAAAAAUGGACAGGUUAAAUGUUUUUCUAGUUAGUGCAAUGUGGGCAGAGUGUGGCUGAUUUGCAGAAAUAAACUUAUAGGCUAAAUUUGUUUGGAUUGUAAGUGGUGAUGUUUUUUGUGGAAUUCAAGUGAUCUGUAAUGAGCAGGCUGCAGCAUAUAUCAUAUGAAGAGGGUGAACAUGGUUUGGCAAUGGGUCGUUGUGACUUGGUGCACAGUCUUGUGUGGUGCAAAUUGGCUCCUGAUAAUAUGGCAGAGCAGCAACAAAAGUUUGACCUUUAAGUUGUGGUCACACAUUUCGCCCUCAAAACAUGCUGCAUUACAAUAAUGCCUACAUUUUCUCAUGCACAUACUUCUGGUACAUUAUCCCUAUUGUUGCCCCAACUACAUUUUCUCAUGCACAUACUUCUGGUACUAUUGUUGCCCCAACUCACUCACACCCAGCUCCAUUGAUCAACUUAUUUGUACUUUGUCCCAACAACAACCAAAUCCACCCUGUACCACUAACAAAAUCUGCUGCAAUACAAAAAUCCACUUCUCUUCUCCUCUUAUUUUCUAAAAAUAAAAGUCCAGCUAGGUAGCUUCGAUGCAUCAUCAUCCUGCACAUUACCCAGAAUUCUCUGUGCUUUCAAACAGCUCUAAGGCAAAUAACAAAAUGGCGGACUUAAUGGAUGCUACGAUAGCCCUUUUAUUUAGCUAUUUGAAAAUUUCACCGAGUCUCCUUGUUGGAUUUAGAACUACCAGCGCCAGUGUACGUUAUCUGGAUUUACAGUACGUGCGAUCAGGAAGAAACGAGACCUAGCCACUGUAAGUUGUUGAUUGGUCAGGUUGCCUGACGCAACGGCAUGUGACGCAAAACGAACACUCCUCAUUGGCUGGACAGAUGGAUAAGAGGACGUAGGUGCGUGUAGUAAAGUCACUACCCGGAACUUGGAUUUGGAAGCAAACGUCUCUGUUGGAAGUACUGAAGCCUGCUUCUGUUCAAGUACUCUACUUUCGAAAAGGUAAUUUGUGAUUUCUUUCUGGUUGUGGUUAUACCUUAAAGGAGAAUUCCGUCUGUUUUGCAAAUAUGUCUCAAACGUUUGUGGUCAAGGAAAGUUGCUAAUGAUGCCUUUGUUUUCACAGAUGAGUUCACAGACAAUGCUAUUGAGGUUGUGCCAUCUUCAUGGCUUGGACACACUUCUGAGCAUGGCAUGGUCUGCUACUGGACGACACACAAUGUGCGAUUGCAUGUUGUGAAGUGCCGAGCACCAAAUACAACUUGGGCCAAACAUCCCGUUAAGAAAACCUGGUACAAAACAGAUUCAUACGCCAAAGCUGAACAGAAGUGUUUGCAAUUGAUGGAGUCCUCAAGUGUUGAGACAGAGGAUGAUGUGAACACUUUUGCAAUAAGGCAGCGUAAGUGCCCAAGGAGGUUUGUCUCCGAAUCUUCUGAUGAUGAUUCUGCUCCAGUGGUAGCAGCAACCAAGAAGCAACCCAAGACUCGGACUGUGGCUGGAAGCCCUGUGUGUCAGCAGGACCCAAUGCCCUUACCACCACAAUGGUCAACACCAGCUGGGACUGGAGCCAGUCCUCACCACCCUAGCCCAAGUCCUGUUGACCCUGUUCAAGCCAGCAGCCGGGCACUACACCCAAUUCAGUCAACCAGGCACCUCCAAGAAUCACUGGAAACCUCUUUUGACUCUGUUCAAGCCAGCAGCCGGGCACUUCAUGACGGACAGGGUGUCUCGGCUAUCGCAGCCAUGUUUGAGAGAAUCACAGAGGCCCACAUGAGUCGCUUGAUGCGGAGGCUCGAGGCUAGGUUUGACAAGAUCGAGUCAUUGGUGGAGACCAACGCCCCGACACACACGCCUCAACUCCAGCAAGAUGAUGUGGUGUUGGCUAAACCAUGCAGCAUGGUGAUGGAGCCGCUGGAGUUGGAUAGGAGUCUGGAACAACCAGACAAGAGGAACAAGAUGCAACAUUUUCUUGAAACUGUCAGAGGGGCAGGUUUAGGGGCAGCCAUUCACCGUAUGCUACGCCGAGCGGCAAAUAAUGAGGUACUCGCCCAGUACAGCUUGCGGGGCAGACGGGCCAAAAUGUCCUUUGAUGACCUCAUUCUGUGCAAGAUUAUAAAGGCUGCAUGUGUCAAAAAAUUUCCUGGCCAUACGGAAGCUGAAGUGGAGGAAUGCCUUGGGCAGACUCUAAAAUUUGCACCACACAGACGAUCAGCUGGUCAGCAGCAACGGAUGGACAAUUGAAUUGUGAACAGUGAUUUUUAUUCUAUUUUUCGUGAAGUGAUUUUUUUUUAAUUCUAUUUUGUUUGUUAUUGAAUGCACAGUUACACUUUAAAAAACUGUUAUUUCUAUUUUAUUCUGUUUUGAAUGUGUUUUAUUGAAUGCACCGUUUCAGAAACUUUUCUAUUUUAUUCUGUUUUGUAUAUAUGAUUGUUUUAUUGAAUGCACUGUUACACUUUCAGAAACUUUUUUAUUUUCAAACAUUUUUUUUAUUCAAAUUUGUUAUUGAUAUUUUAUCUCAUUAAACUUUCAAGACCUGCCAAA